AAAUACCUGCGGGAGUGUGCUUCAUAAACCUAGGCCCUCCCCUUAGUCCCCUACCCAUCUUCCAUCGCAGCAGCAGCAGCAGCAGCCAUGGCGAUGGCGGCCGCCCUCCCCCUCCUCCUCGGGCCCCGUCCCAUCUCCGCGAGGCCCACCACGUCUCCUUUCCACUACCACCGCCUCGCUCUUCCUCCCCGACCCGCCACCCUUUCCGCCCCAGCUGGCAGUGGCACCCACCCGCGCAAGUGCGGACGCCUCCAACAGCUCCAUGCCGCCUCCUGCUGCAGCAAUUCCGCCGCCGCUUCCGCAGGCGCCGCAGCGGGAGGCGGUGCCGGCGCAGGCGCAAAAGAUUGGCGGCUCUUGGCAUGGUAUUUGAUGGCUCUUGAUAAGAAUCCGGUGGUAACUAAGGCGAUUACUUCUGCUAUCCUAACUCUAGCCGGGGACCUUAUCUGCCAGCUUGUAAUUGAUCGAGCGCCGAAGCUAGAUUUGAAGAGAACAUUUGUAUUCACAUUCCUGGGACUUGUCCUGGUUGGACCAACGUUACAUGUCUGGUACUUGUAUUUGAGUAAAUUAGUGACUAUCAGCGGAGCAUCAGGUGCAAUAGCUCGCCUUUUACUUGACCAGUUUGUUUUCUCUCCCAUUUUCAUUGGAGUUUUUAUGAGCUUAUUGGUCACAUUGGAGGGAAAUCCAUCUCUUGUAGUGCCAAAGCUUAAGCAGGAAUGGUUAUCAUCAGUAUUGGCAAACUGGCAAUUGUGGAUACCAUUUCAGUUUUUGAAUUUUUACUUCGUCCCGCAAAAGCUUCAGGUUCUUGCUGCCAAUUUUGUAGCCCUCGCAUGGAACGUGAUUUUGUCAUUUAAAGCUCACAAGGAGGUUGUAGUGAAAUAGGUAAUCUCGUCUGGUAGAUACAACAACCCAGGUUUCCAUCUCUUAUGUUAGUUUUGUUGAAGUGAUUGCAUCACUUUCACUCCGUGCCAAUGCAGUUUGCCUGUGUUUAUAACCAAGAAAGGUUCAGGGUUAUUACUUGAACUUUUCCUUUCUGAAAUGGUUUAUGCCUGUAUGGAUGUGGUUAUUAAUCAUUCAUUGGUAUCUCCUUUGAGCAACUUUAGUAAGAACACAGAAUAUGUAUAUUUACAGUAAUGCAUAAGCAUAUUACUCUUUCAUGGUUA